AUGGAUUUCAUGGUCCCAGUCGGUGUACGGAUGGACCUCGCGGACGGAUCGAUGCGAUUACGUGACGAGGUUGGAGUACCGCUUAAUGGUCGUAAGAGACUGUAUGGCAAGAAGAUGAGAUCAGUGAUUCUCGAACGAUCUCUACGAAUCCAGGUUGGCCGGUCGGAAGAAACAGCGGCGAGGAUAAAAUUGUCGGCCACAGAGAAAUUGUGGGUGACCAGGGGAGAACGAUGGGUACCGACAGUGACGGAAGGCCCCGGUCGGAUCCGCUACCUGGUGAUCUCGAACAUCGGAGAAGAGAUCCUACGGAUGGACCACCGUCUGGACGUUGGAUCCGAGGACGAGGAUGAGAUAUAUUACCACGAGAGUAGCGAUCUCUCAGCUGAAGAUCUCGAGGGAAACCUUGCUGUCCUCCCCGAAAUCCCGAUCUCGACGACCGCGAAGGUCAGCAUCGAGGAUCUGCAGGUGGGAGACUCCGGAUCGGCCACGCCCGAGGAAAUCGAGAAGCUCCGGCAGAUCAUUUGGAAGAAACGACACCUCCUGAUCGGAAAUGCGAAACCGAUCGCAAUGCGAACCCGGAAAGCGCCCACGCGAUUUCGAGAAAAAGUCGCAGGCUUGAUCAAGUGUCUCCUGGCAGCCGAGAUCAUCCGAUCCUCGACAUCACCAUGGGCCUCACCGAUCGUGAUUGUUCGCAAGAGUAACGGUGUGGAUAUCCGGUUAUGCAUCGACUACAAGUUGGUAAACAGCCUCACGAGGUUGAUGGUCUACCCUAUGCUCCUGAUCAGCGAUCUGCUAGAUGAUCUGGACAAGGCACUAUGGUACUGCUCGCUAGACAUGGCCAGCGGUAGCUCGCUGGAUAUGGCCAGCGGCUUCUGGGUCGUACCCAUGACGGAUCGGGCUUGCGAGAUCUCAGCAUUUAUCACCCAUUUUGGAUUGUUCGAAUGGAGUCGCAUGCCUUUCGGCUUAAAGAAUGCCCCGCAGAUCUAUCAACGCCUCGUAGACAACGCGCUGUAUGGAUUCUUAAAGAUCUCGCAAUCCGGCGACGCUGGGACUACAACAGACGUGUUCCAGACAGGGAUCGCGGACGAUCCCGAGCGAGAGUCAGUGUUGGGACGGAGAUCAUACAUUGACGACAUCAUGAUCGCAGCAGAAUCGUGGGAUCAAAUGUGCCAAAGGGAUAUCUGGGACACCCAGUGUCGAUCGGAGGUCUGGAGGCGAAUCCAAAAGAUCUAA